ACAUUGGUAUUUGCAUGUUACGAUUAACAUCACUCUUAAUACAGUUUGGGUCCAUGUCGCGUUAUACCAACGUUUCUCCUUGAUAGAAGCUAGCAGGACAGUGGUUCGCCAUAUCGCCGGCACACACAAACCAAAACUUUCAUGGGCAUGUAAUCCAGACAAGUUAGGCGGUUAGGUAUUUUGGAUGCGAUAUGGCUGACAGCUCGGUCCCAAGCUCCUUUACUAUCCUUGCGACGGGCCAAAUCGAGUGUGCAGAGAUACCCAACUGCACGAACGCGUACCUCAAGUUCCAAUUCGUCGCUGGUGAGGACUGGCAGCUUUUGGACGGCCUUGAGGAGGGCAUCACGCAGGCCGCGCGCGUCCCAGAGGGGCGUGACGGUGUGCUGGUAUGGAACUUCCCCAUUGACAUCACCUACAAGACGACCAAUGCCUUCGGCUGGCCGCAGCUCGUUGUUGCCGUUUACGGACUUGACACCUUCGGUCGUGACGUCAUCAAAGGAUAUGGCUGCAUGCAUCUCCCCAUGUGUGCCGGCAGGUAUAACCUGACGCUGCGGCUGUUCAAGCCGCGCUCCGCCUCGAUGUUGCAGUCGCUUACAUCAUGGCUGACCGGCAUGCCAGCUGAGUUUUCGGACCCCAAGUUUCCGAGCUACGGGGAGGGCCGAGAGGUGACACGUGUGCAGUCGGGCGGCCACGUCAAGGUGCAGGUCAACCUCAUGACAAAGGACAUGGACGUGUUUGGGUACGUUGACGGCAGCGGACGGGACCCCAGCGCUAACAGCAUCACCCGCAUGUGAGCGCCUGUGAUCGGAGCUGCUAACAGCCGGCAAGGCGGCGAACGAAUGGGCUUUCCUGGAGCUUGCUAUUGUAGCCAGGACGGACCCCGGCAGUGUUAUUAUAGUAGCAAGUCGGAAUGGGUUAGUGUAUGAGAAGCAAGAGGACGCCACCUUCAGGGGGUAGCCAAUGCAACGCCUGAAACUUUCAGGCUGAAAGGCUAUUGCGGCUCGGGUGAGGGGUCACUAGGGUCUGCUGCAUUUCAGCGCAUAUGAAAACUCACAUGGGAAUGCCAAAGCACUCAUGAUGACGUUUCUCAUUGGUAGGACGGAAUUUACCGCGGUGCGAACAUGGUCAGGAGCUAAUACUUAGCUUGCCGAACCGGUAUGGGAAUUGUUCGGUGUACGGAGCAAUGGG